UCUGCAUUUGCAGACAGUAGAAGAAAGGACAGAGAACAACAUAGACUUAGAAGAAAAACAAACAGAAGUGAGAAGAAGAAAAAUAAUACAAAGAUCGACUAUGAAUGUGUUAAGUGCGUUAAUGGUGACUCAGGACCAACUCGGAGAACCUGAAGGCACACCCUUCGGAUCCGUAUGGUGGUUCGUCUACGCCGGCAUCUCCUGCUUCCUUGUCAUCUUCGCCGGAAUCAUGUCCGGUCUAACCCUAGGUCUCAUGUCUCUCGGACUCGUUGACCUCGAGAUUCUUCAGCGCAGCGGUUCUCCCUCCGAGAAAAAACAAGCAGCCGUUAUACUUCCUGUGGUUCAAAAACAACACCAGCUUCUUGUGACUCUGCUUCUGUGUAAUGCUGCUGCCAUGGAGGCCCUUCCAAUAUACCUAGAUAAGAUGUUCAAUCAGUUUGUUGCCAUCAUUCUCUCCGUGACUUUCGUUCUGUUUUUCGGGGAGGUUAUUCCGCAAUCAAUAUGUAGUAGAUAUGGUCUUGCUGUAGGUGCUAACUUCGUAUGGCUUGUCCGAAUUUUAAUGAUAAUCUGUUAUCCGGUUGCUUAUCCCAUUGGAAAGGUUCUAGACAGGUUAUUGGGGCAUGAUGAGGCUUUAUUUAGGCGAGCUCAGUUAAAAGCUCUUGUCUCAAUCCACAGCAAGGAGGCUGGGAAAGGUGGAGAGCUUACGCAUGAUGAGACAACAAUUAUCAGCGGAGCCCUAGAUUUGACUGAAAAGACUGCUGAGGAGGCCAUGACCCCUAUCGAAUCAACUUUUUCUUUGGAUGUUAAUUCAAAAUUGGACUGGGAGGCAAUGGGGAAAAUUCUUGCUCGUGGGCACAGCCGAGUUCCUGUGUAUUCUGGAAAUCCAAAAAACAUUAUUGGGCUUCUACUUGUCAAAAGUCUUCUCACUGUAAGGCCUGAAACAGAGACGCCUGUCAGUGCUGUUUCCAUCAGGAGAAUCCCACGAGUUCCUGCGGAUAUGCCUCUUUACGAUAUAUUGAAUGAGUUUCAGAAGGGUAGUAGUCACAUGGCUGCUGUUGUUAGAGCUAGGGGGAAAGGAAAGAUAAUUCCUGAAAUAACUGGUGCAGAGACAUAUGAAAGAAAUAAAGGGGUUAAUGGGGAUUCACAAUUGACUACUCCAUUACUUCUGAAGCAGGAUGAUCAGAAGAUGGAAAGUGUCGUGGUUGACAUUCAUAAGUUUUCAAGACCUCCAAGCAUUAAUAAGUCAACUAGUUUGCAACGUAGUGAUGCCACCACAAAUGGUUCCUUUUCGGAUAACAUGGAUGAUGGUGAAGUGAUUGGUAUUAUCACAUUAGAAGAUGUAUUUGAAGAACUUUUGCAAGAGGAGAUUGUGGAUGAGACAGAUGAAUAUGUUGAUGUUCAUAAGAGAAUACGAGUGGCUGCCGCCGCAGCUGCUUCCUCAGUGGCACGGGCCCCAUCAAUCCGAAGAUUGACUGGUCUAAAGGGAGCUGGAAGCCAAAGUAAGACAGGGCUAACUGUGAAGAAAUCUGCAGAGGAAGAUGGAUCGAAUACAAGGCCACAGUGAGCUCUUUCUCCUAUCGGGAGGGGAUAUUAUACGUCCUUUUUCGUGCAUAAAUAAUAUAUACGAAAGGAUAUGGUCAUACAAAGGUGAUAGAUGUUAUAUUAAUGGUCAAUAUCCACCCUUUUUCCAGGAAAAA